AUGCCAAAGUUCCAACGUCAGGCGACGCAUGCGAAUGAGUCGGACAUCUUACACUUGAUCGAUCAGCGCUUCGAGGACUUGGAGGAGACGGUCUCCCUAGCCGCCUUGGUGCCACAGCUCCAUGACCGGCUCUUUGAGGUGGAGCAGAUCGUGAAGCGUUUGCAAGAGGAACCUCCCAAUCGUGGCCCUCGAUGGAGUGUGAGUGACUCCAAACCACCAGCUCCUCUAGCACCACCAGAUGAUGAUGAUGUUGAGGGUCAAAAGGCAUUGGUGCCCAGGCUAUCCUUACCCAAAGGAGAGAUUCCCACAGGCCUCUCACCUCGCUCCAUGGCAGCCCAUUCUCCUGUAAAGCGGGAGAGACGGAAGACCAUCACCCAGGUCUCGCGCGACAAGAUGUCCGACAUCAACGAACGGCUCCUGGACACCCAGACGAGUGAGUACUACACCUUCGGAGAAUCCACCUGGGAUUUGGUGAUCUUCAUCGGCACCGGAGCGCUGGGGCCUCUAGGGAGUCUCCAAACAGUGCUUUUGGCCUUGGUGAAUGUGCUGAUGCAAAUCGUCUUCGUGGCCAUUGCUUACUACAACUUCACAGUGCCUGACAUCGACUCGAAAGCUGUGCUAGAGGCUGACCGCUGGCGCCGCUCCUCAGGGCAUUCAUUCUGGACCUACAGUGACGAGGCCAAACAAUCCUUGGCAGAGCGGGUCUGCAACCUUGAUAAGUCCUUGGAGCAAUCUGGUAUCCAGGUGGCUCUCUUUGAGAACAUCGACAAGUACCUGAAAUCGGGGCGAGAAGGCCUUGAAGGCUGGUUCACAGGUCAGAUUCUGUGCGUGGUGGCGCUCAUCUGUUGGUACUUGAUGGUGGCCAAGGAGGUGAGUCAUGCCACAGCAUUGCAUCGUGGGGUCAUUGCGAUGCCGUUGGGUCCCACGCGAUUAGAUGCCCGGGAGAAUCCCUUCACCCAGCAGAAGCACUAUCGCUUGCGGAGCGUGGCUGCGCGAAGGAAGCUGUUCAGCUUGAUCUUGUUGAUCUACCGCUUGGUGGCCGCAGGCCUGUUGGUCUUCGUGGGGACUUUCUUCUUGGUCUAUACCGUCAGUGUGACCGAGCUGAUUUUGAACGCUGUGGCCUUAGGGAUUAUUCUGGACAUUGAUGACUUGCUCUUCGAUGCUUUGGCCACGACCCCUGGGCGUCAUUUAGUCCAUCAGCUGGAUCCACUUCCCAUGCCGUCACUCCCACGGUGGCGAGGUGCGGAUCUGAAGUCCGCUUCCAUGUCAGUGCUGAUCCCAACCCUGACGUUGGUGGUGUAUUUGACGAUGUUGGGGCCCUUUGUGGGCACCUUGACCGAGGUGAGUGAAGCCAUGUGUGGUGGCAACAAACUCUUUGUUUGGAAUGUGGACAAGCGUCAGGUGGUUCUCAUGUCACCCACUGCUGGGAAUGGUUGGGAGGAAGAAGAAGGGAGCAUCAAGGGUCUGGCCGUGGAAGAGGGGAAGAGCAUUGGCUAUGGCCUUGCAGAGAAUGACACCAGAUGGGGUCUGUGGGUCAGCGAUGUCUCCUUCCUGGACGAUGCCUCUGUGCUCACCUUGGCGGAGACCAUCGAUGCCAACAACCCAACAUGUGGUGAUUUGGCGGACGCUGAGCCGAUGCUCUCUUACCUGAGAUAUUUCCUGGGAAAUGAGAGCGUUCAGGGAUGUGCGGAUGCCCUGUCCUUUUGCAGCUCCUUCACCAGCAUGCCUGACUUUGGCGUGGAUGGAGGCAAGGGCUGGGGAGCUCGAAUGUUGUGUUCCGCCACCUGUGGCUGCAAUGAUCCAGCAGGCCAGCACAUUGCGGUGCAGGGCUGUCCAUAUGGCGUCAGCCGCCCGUGCCAACAGUCCCAAGCUUUCCAAGCAGUCCGACGGAACAGUGCCUGCAGUGAGAAGAGCGCCGCCAGCCUUCGAGAAUUUCUACCAUGGGUUGAAUGGGUCAAUACGAUACGUGCCUAUGGAGAGUCGCCUGCAGAUCUAGCCUUAAAGGACGAUGCCCUGCUGAUUGCAGAGGCGAUGUGGGAUCACGGUUGCGACUUUCCAGCCAAUUUGAGCGCCCGGAACAUCUCCUGGGGAAACUGCUUCAAUUGGAACAGUACCUUUGAGUGGGACUUCAAGACGAUUGAGGCCUUUUGCCCGCUGACCUGUGGAUGUUCAGCGAGUCACACACUCACCUCCUGCCCGCAGCCCUUUGGGUAUUCCUGUGAUGAGAUCGACCGACGCGGGUGCCUCACCUGGAACGAUCAAACCUUUUGCCCCAACUUCUCACCCAGCUUUCGAGGCCUCAUCUCGUGCGGUAUUUCAGCCACAGAUCCUGCGCUGCUCGCGCCCUUCAGUGCGAUUUUUGAGUUGUCCCUCACCGAAGCAGUGGCAUUUCAUGCUGGAGUUGGAUCCUAUAGUAUCAAGAUGGAUCUCCAGUUCAGAAAUCCGCAGCUGAUUGGAAUCUUUAGCAUUUUCAAAGUGGAGGAGGACACGAAUCUGCAGACUGCGUCUGCGCAGCUGUUCUCGACCUCUGCAGCAGAGAUGGAGGCAACUGUCACACAAAUACUUCUGAACCGCUCUGUGCCUGUAAAUGCUAUUGGUCUGAGCGUUCAAGGUUUGAGCAAUGUCGUGCCGAACAAUCUCCCCUGA